UGACAAUUGGGCAAAAGAAGCUCCAUUUUUCUUUGCUAUAUCGAUCUCCCGUUGGGUCUGAGAGUAUCCCCCGUAGUAUGUAUGCUAUGACUGUGACCCUUCUAUUGCCUUGGUAAGAAAAUCCGGAUAGGGAUUACUCAAUCGGGUAGCUGAAGAACAACAGAGAUCCAGGGGGGGGACUGGAUGGUGGUCCCCCAGAUGUCCUCGUCAUUGUUAUAAGAUCUGGGCUCCCCCCUCUUGGAAAGAUCUGAUGGCAAAAUCUUAAUCAAUCACUUACACCACGAUUUGACGAACACUUCUGUUUCAAGUUGUUCGUUUUGGUAUUAGUCUUUUUGGCUCUUCUCACAGUUCACUCGCCUGAUAUCACCACCAACCCUCAACACCAGAUCAAGCAGCUUCUUCUCAGUGUCGAUAGUGUCGAUGGGACCCAACAUCGUCGACCGCGCCCUCGAGGCGGCAGAACACGACGCCGCCACCCCAAUCUCACCAACCGCAACCCACCAUGAGCUCCCCCACCGAACAAGCGCCGAGAUUGAGCGCGUCAUCUCCGCCAGCUCGGUAUCCUCCGCCUCCUCCUCUCACUCGGCCCGGCCCCGCAGACCCUCCACCGUCGGCACCGGCAUAGUCGGCGUGGGCAUGUCCCGAGUCUCCACCUCCCGAGACCUCCCCCCAACCGAGCUCGGCCGCAUCCAGACCGCCCGCAGCCAGCACAGCGCAACCGUCGGCCGUUCCCUCCGCUCCAGACGAAGCCGUGCCUCCCUCGUCAAGCCCCUUCCCCCUUUCGGCGCCGGAAAGCCAUACCCACCCCUCCUACCCAAUCAAGAGGACUUCGUCGUCGAGUUCGACGGCCCUGAUGACCCCCUCCACGCUCAAAACUGGCCCAUGGCUAAGAAACUUCUCACAGCAACAAUGCUAGGCUACACAACAAUGAUCGCCUCCUUCGGCUCCUCCAUCUUCUCCGCCGCCACCCGCGCCGUCGCAAACGACUUUGGCGUAUCCCCUGACGUCUCCCUCCUCGGUGUAUCCCUCUACGUCCUCGGCUUCGCCACCGGCCCAACCUUCUGGGCUCCCCUAUCCGAGCUCAAAGGCCGUCGCUUACCCCUGGUAGCCUCCAUGUUCGGCUUCACCAUCUUCAACCUCGCCUGCGGAACCGCCAAAGACCUCCAGACCGUCCUCAUCACGAGGUUCUUUGCCGGUUUUUUCGGUGCUUGCCCCCUUGCUGUCGUUGCAGCUGUCUUCUCAGACAUGUUUGACAACCGCACGCGUGGCAUGGCCAUCACCGUGUUCAGCAUGACUGUCUUUACCGGUCCCAUGCUGGCGCCGUUUAUCGGCGGGUUCAUGGUUGAGGAUGAGAGCAUCGGGUGGAGGUGGACGGCCUAUCUCAUUGCGAUCAUGGGUGCUGUCGCUUUUAUUAUCGAUCUGAUCUUCCUCGAGGAGACCUAUCCCCCCGUUAUUCUGGUCAGCAAAGCCGCCGAGCUGAGGAGGAGGACCCUCAACUGGGGCAUCCACGCCAAGCAGGAAGAGAUUGAAAUCGACGUCAAGGAGUUGAUCACAAAAAACUUUUCCCGGCCGAUGAGGCUUCUCUUCUGCGAGCCGAUCGUCACGCUGUUGUCGGUAUACAUGGCGUUUAUUUACGGGCUGCUCUAUCUCUUUUUGACGGCGUAUCCGUUUGUUUUCAUGGGGGUCCACGGCAUGUCUGCCGGUGUGGCUGGGCUCACGUUUUUCGGCAUGAUUAUCGGGCAGAUCAUCGCCGGUGUUACCGUGUUGAUGCAGCAGCCUUGGUAUGCGAGGAAGCUGGCUGCCAACAAUGGGGUGCCGGUUCCUGAGUGGAGGUUGCCCUCUGUCAUUGCUGGAGGUGUGGCUUUUGCGAUUGGGUUGUUUUGGUUCGGGUGGACGGGUUUUACCAAGGAUAUUCACUGGAUUUGGCCGACACUUUCUGGUUUGAUGACGGGAUUCGGGAUAGCCAGCAUCUUCUUACAGGCGCUGAACUACCUCGUCGAUUCGUAUCUGAUGUUUGCCGCUUCGGCGAUCGCGGGCAACACCUUCUUGCGGUCGUUGGCCGGAGCGGCCUUCCCGCUGUUUGCGAGAUACAUGUUUGAAGGGAUGGGCACCCAGUGGGCCAGCACGCUUCUUGGUUGCAUCGGUGUGGCGCUUGUGCCUAUUCCGGUCAUCUUUUACAUGUUUGGUGAUCGGAUCAGGGCGAAGAGCGCUUAUGCCCCGACCUUUGGUGCUGGGCCGGAAGUGGCGGAGAGCGAGACGGGGGAUGAUUCUGAGCUCGGGCACGGAGAGAAGGAGGCGCCUGGCAGCGUGCCCAGGACGGACAUGGAUGCUGCCCAGAGGGCAGUCUAAUGGUUGAGAAACAAGAUGGAGAGGAAACUGGAUCAUGUCGUUUGAGCAUUGGCGUUUUGGACAUUUGGUUUUGGUGCAUUUUUUGGCGAGGAACGAACUCGAUACCCAGUUGUGCAUAGAUAUUGGUUGACUCUGAUGCAUGAUCAACGAGAUAAUGUAAUAAUGGUUUUUGCGUUAAACUAGACUUUGUUAGCUCUCCAAUGAUGCGAAUUAAAGUACUCGGCC